AUGACAAUCGACAUCCCAGAGUACUUCCAGUACGAGAGCCCGAUCCGCACCGUCGCCGUGAUCGGCGCCGGCGUGUCGGGCGUGCCCGCGACGCGGCACCUGCGCGAGGCCGGCCUCGAGGUGACGGUUUUCGAGCGCCAGUCCAAGGCCGGAGGCAUCUGGAACUGGUCGCCAGAGAUCACCAAGCCGCUGUCGGUGCCCACGCCUGCGCCGUCCCACGGCGCCUUCUUCCCCCAGCUGCCGGCCGAGGCCGGCCCCGAGCCCGUCACCAAGACGCUCGACGACGCCGACCACGAGCAGCGCCUGCGCUUCUCGCCCCCCAACCCCGUCUACUGGUCCCUCUCGAACAAUGUCCCCAUCCCCACCAUGGCUUUCAAGGACUGGGAGUACCCCGCUGGCACGGCCGAGAACAUCCGCCACGACCUCAUCUCCGACUAUGUCCACUCGUACGUCAAGCACUUCAACAUCGACGAGAGCGUGCAGUACAACACGCGUGUGGAGAACGCCGUCAAGAUUCCCAAGACGGACAACGACGGUGCCAAGUGGCGCCUGACGCUGCGCAAGGUCGUCCCCGAGGGCGACGACAAGGUCAAGGAGACGUACUGGACGCAGGACUUUGACGCUGUGAUCGUCGCGACGGGCCACUACAACGCGCCCUUCAUCCCCGACUUUGAGGGCUCGGACAAGUGGGCCGCCGCGUACCCCGAGCAUGUGCUCCACUCGAACGGAUACCGUGUCCCCGAGCCCUACGCCGGCAAGGACGUGCUCGUCGUCGGCUGCGGCACCAGUGGCAUCGACAUGGCGCGCGACCUCGAGGAGCACGUCAACAAGGUCUACAUGGUCGGCCGCAAGCCCGAGACCGGCCCCGACGCGUACAAGUCGCUGCGUAACUGGCAGCGCAGGCUGCUCCCCAAGAACGGCGAGCUCGUCGACGAGAUCAAGCGCUUCAUCCCUCCUGCGCCUGGCGCACCAAUCGAGCAGGGCCAGAUCGAGCUCGUCGACGGCCGCAUCAUCACCAACAUCUCCCUCAUCAUCUUCGCCACAGGGUACCAGUACUCGUACCCCUUCUUCCCUCAGUUCCACCGCGACCCUGCGCUCGGUGCACCCACGCCAGAGGAGAAGAAGAACCUGCUCAUCACGGACGGCGCGAGCGUGCUCAACCUCUACCGCGACAUCUUCUACAUCCCCGACCCGACGCUUGCCUUCCUCGGCCUGAGCGUCAACACGUCGGCGUUCAGCUUCUUCGAGUACCAGGCGCAGUCGAUCGUGCGUGUCCUCGCCGGCACGGCCCGCCUGCCCUCCACGGCCGAGCAGUGGAAGUUCUACGACACACUGGUUCAGCGUACCGGCGACGGCAAGUUUGUGCACUUCCUCGGCAAGGACGGCGAGCGCGCCUACGUCCGCCACGCGGUCGAGUGGAUCAACCGCGACGCCGAGUGGAGCGGCGCUUCCAAGAUCACAGGCCACUCGCCCGAGUGGAUCAAGGCGAGCGACAACAUCCUCGCGUCCAUCGCCCUCAAGUACGGCAUUGACGCCGAGACGGCGCGCGAGCUCCGCCAGAACAGCACCGGCGGCAAGGAGCCAGAGAUCAAGGCUGAGGACAAGGCGGCCGAGGAAACAAAGGCGGAGGAGGACAAGCCCGAGCCUGUGGCUGUUGCGGCGGCCGCAUAG